GACAAAUGGACCAUACAAAAUUGAUGAAGAAAUUCCUCACACCUAAAUUAAAUAUUACUCUCUUCAUAAACUCAUUUCCAUUUCCUACUCUUAACCUUAAUCAAUCAUGUUUGAUCCAAGAAAACAAAUACCCAAUUUUCAUAAUCCUGUCACAACCUUUAAUGACACUAAUUGGGAACCUCACAAUUUUGAUUUCCAUGUGUCACAAAAACAUGGAAACAUUCAAUCUAAAGAUCAAAAAAUUGAAGAUGAUGAUGAAUCUGGUGCUUCAUCACCAGCCUUAUGGCAAAAUAGUCCAUCAAGAAGUCCAAUAAAUUAUCGAUCACUUUCGCCGAAUUCUAGAACUCAAGCUAUAGCUAGAGGGCAAUGGGAACUUAUGGAAAUGGUCAAAAACAUGCCUGAAUCUUGUUUUGAGCUUUCUCUAAAGGAUCUUGUCGAACAGACGAAAUCCUUUGAAUCUCAAGAAGAGUGUCUAAUUAAUAGUAAUAGUGAGAAAAAUCAAGCUAUGAUACAGAAGAGAGUGAAUAUUAAGAAGAAUGAACAAAUUAGGAAGGCGAAGAUGAUGAUGAGAAGCAAGAGUAUUGAAAAUGGAGGGGUAUUUAUCAAAAUGGUUACCCCUGUUUCUUUGAGAUCAAAGAAGACGAAAAACAAGAAUUCAUCAGUAAAUACAACUAGAGUUUCUCCAAAACCUGAAGAAUGUGAAAAUUCGACUUCGAAGAAUUUGGAAAAAGAUUGGUGGAAGAAGAGAUUUUCUGGUUCAAGUAGCAGCAAUAGUACUGGAAGCAGUGGCAGAAAUAGCAGCAGAGGCAGCAGUACUAGUAGCAGAAACAAUAACAACAGGAAAAGGGAAGGGUUAUUAAGCAGUUGUUGGUCAAGUUUAUGCUUAUCAGAGAAAAACAAAGUGAUGACUGAUUUAGAUUGGUGAUGAUGCCACUUAUCUCUCUCUAUAUAUGUUUUGAGUCUUGUAAAACAUAUACUAAUAAUGAUAUAUAUGUUUGUAUAGUUUUCUUUUAGACUAUAUAUAGCUAUAAUAUAGUCUUUUAUUUCCUUUUUGUUUCUUGAUUUGGCAAGCAUUUAUUUGUUAUUUAGAACAAUAUUAAGUUGAAAUUUGAGAUCAAUAUAUAUUGGCAAUGUACUAUUAUUGCAUUGGAAGUAAA